AUGGAUCCAGAACCAGCGACACCUCUUUUCGAAGAAAGCUUUCGAAGUACCACUCCACCAGCACUCCCCGGACAUCCUCCUGCAUUGAAGAAAAUGGCUUCCAUAGGAAAUAUUCCCCAAAAGAAAGAUUCCAAGCAAUUCGAUAUAGUAGAAACCUACCACCGACUUCUCAACGAUGAUCCCGAUGUUACCAUGCCCGUCGCUGCAAUCGAAGCACUUAUUGAACUUCUCGCUUCCUCUCGCGCCGUCACCGUUUACGAAACCCUCGAUUUAGUUAAAACCCAAUCGGAUUAUUUGAAAUCCCGAAUUCCCAAUUCCAUAUCAUUAUCUGCUGGAACGGAUUUAUUUCAACGUUAUAUGAUACAAUCUUUAAAACCUUCCAGUACGGGCAAUUUUGAAACUGUUCGACAGCAUCUUUUGAGUAAUGGAAGAUUGUUCGUUACGAGAGCGAAGCAGGCUAGAUAUACGAUAGCUACCUAUGGGAGAAACUUUAUUAGGGAUGGGAGUGUGGUGUUAACUCAUGGGGGAAGUAGAGUUGUUGGGGCUCUAUUGGAUAAAGCGGCCGAGGCGAGAGCUACAGGUGGAAAUGUUAGAUUUAAUGUCAUUUAUGUUAUGAAUGAUGCGAGGAGUUCGGAGAGUAAAGCAGUCGUUACAUCAUUAAGAGCUAAAGGUGUACCAGUUGCUACGAUAUCAGAAGGAGCUGUAGGAUACGCUAUGGGGAAGGUUGAUUUGGUUAUUGUUGGUGCCGAAGGGGUGGUAGAAAAUGGAGGAGUCAUUUCGAGAUUGGGAACAUAUCAAAUUGCGCUAUUGGCAAAGGCGGCAGGGAAACCUUUCUAUGUAGCGGCCGAAAGUCAUAAGUUUGUACGAUUAUAUCCUUUGGGACAAUAUGAUCUUGGGAUAGAUCAGGAGAUUAUCGAUUUUCGUACUGAGGAUGAUACUGAGGAGAGACCUGGGGAUCAAACUCCAACGACUGAGGAGAGGACGGAAUAUUUUGAAGCAGAAAAGAUUGAGAUAUCAAAAUUGGGUGCUGUUGAUCCAGUUGACUUUACGCCUCCCGAUCUGAUCUCAGCACUCAUCACGGAAUCGGGAGCUUUGACUCCAAGUGCUGUUAGUGAGGAGCUGAUUAGUUUAUGGUAUUGA